AUGGACAAACUUGAACUUCAAUCAACUUGUUUCGAGAAUAUCAAGACUUUGUGUACAAACUACCGCAAAGAUUCUUCGUCUCGAAAAACUGAAGAGUACCUCAACAUACGUUUGUCAUCUUUGGAAGAACAGUGGAGAGACUUCGAGGCGAGAAAUGCCUUAUUACUACUGGAACUGGAAGACAAAACUAUACAUUAUUUCUCUGAAGACGUUUACAACAAAACUAAAGAAAUGUAUCUAGCAACAAAAACAGACAUAAACAACAGACUUAAAUACUUGAAACAGCAAAAACAUAGUGUGAAUUUUGAUUUAAGUGACAUUUCUGUUGACUACACUCAAGACUGCGAGGACGGAAAAUCUGAAAAAAUACAACAACUUUUAAAUAAACAAGAAUGCAAUUUUAAUGCGAUUUAUCAUGCAUUGUCUAAAAUUGACAUCAUUAGAACUAGUGAAAAGUGGGAGCUGGAAGAUAAUUUUAACAUUUUAAAAUCGAAGUGGGAGUCCAUCGACAAACUGCACUGGGAAAUUGACUUUCAGCUGAAGGGGUCUAACGAUCACUAUUACCGCAUGUACUCAGAUAUCGAAGAAAAAUAUGAUGAAUUGAGAAAACAACUUCAAUCUAAAAUUUGGUCGAAUGCACACUAUCAGCAGUCGACACCGAGAAUGGAAUUACCUGAUUUUUACGGAAACUACAGUAAGUGGAUCUCUUUUAAGGAUCUGUUUCUCGAAACCAUCCAUAACAACCCAACAAUUAACAAAGCGCAAAAAAUGAAACACCUGAAAACCAAAUUGAAGGGGGAAGCAGAAAGUCUGGUACAGCAUUUAUCCGUCUCUGCUGAAAACUACAACUCCUGCUGGGAUAUUUUAGUGCAACGGUAUGAUAAUCGCCGCCUACAAUUUUCAUCGUUUUUCAACACAAUGAUGAGUCUCCCUGUUAUACAUCAACCCGACGCUAACAAUCUCAAGAAAAUGCAUGACGUCAUUAAGGAAUGCAUGAACGGCAUAGCUAACAUCGGGCUGGAUACGACAACGUGGGAUCCAAUGAUCGUGCAUUUAAUGUUGCCGAAAUUAGAUUCAACAACUUUAAAUGAUUAUAUGAACGAAAUACGAGAUCACAGAGAAUUACAAAACUUGCAAGAUUUUUUAUAUUUUUUGGAGUGCAAGUUUAUGGCAUAUGAAACUGCAAAAUCAACAAAAUCUGUAAAAGAUACCACUUCCGAAAAAACAUCUCAUUGGAAACCGGCUAACAACAAACAACCUGUAAAAAAAUUUACAUAUGACUCUAAGAAAACUUAUAACUAUCACGCUACUUAUGGAAAAUGCCCGAAUUGUAAUGGAAAUCAUGUUUUAAUGCAAUGUGCUAAAUUUAUUAACAUGGAUACUGCACAGCGAAACCACACUGUUGCGAAAUUGAAACUCUGCAAAAAUUGUCUCUAUAGCCACAAUAACGAAGAAUGUAAAUCAGCGAAAACGUGUAAGGAGUGUAACAUGAAACAUCAUACCAUGUUGCACAACGUGAACUGGAAAAUUCCAGCGAAUGGUAAAAAUAACUUUGGACAACAAGCCUCCUCUUCUCAGCAACAAGCUUCGAAUCACUUAUCAUCGGAUAAAACUGAAAUUUUACUAACUACAACUCUACUGAAAAUAAAGGCUUAUGAUGGCACUUAUGUAAAACUUAGGGCCCUCUUGGAUCAGGGCUCGCAAGUAAACUUAAUAACAGAAAAUGCUGCUCAGGUAUUACGCCUGCCGAGGAAAAGGUUCGCUGCUACCAUCUCGGGGGUUGGUUCAGUAUCUGGUGAUUGCAGGGGUCAACUAAACUUAUCUUGUAAAUCAAUAAACUCUGAAUACGACUUCGAAAUACAAGCACUUAUAAUGAAAAAACUUACAAAUAACUUACCGAAUGCUACUUUCGAAAAAUCGAAUUGGCCUCAUUUGGAAAACUUAAAGCUGGCUGAUCCUGACUUCAACAUCUCUCGCCCCAUCGACUUACUACUGGGUGCCGAUGUUUAUUCAGACAUUAUACUCAAUGGAGUUUUAAAAGUAAGCUGUCAAUCCCCUGUGGCACAACAGACACAUCUAGGAUGGAUCCUAUGUGGGAAAAUGAAAACGUUUAAUUGCCACGUGACCUUGGUGAACUUUGAUGAAUUAACAAAGUACUGGGAGAGCGAAGAAAUACAAAAUUCUGAAGAUAUUUCCAAGGGCGAUCAGUGUGAACUAUUUUAUUCGGAAACAGUACAACGUGCUCCCGACGGAAAAUAUAUUGUGAAGAUGCCACUCCGCCCUGACCUUAAAGAAAAAUUAGGUUCAUCGAGACCUAUCGCUGUCUCACAAUUUUUACAACUGGAAAAACGGCUCGCUAAAAAUAAAAAACUUUCAACUAUGUACAAAGAAUUUAUCAGAGAAUAUGCGGACCUGGGCCACAUGAAACUGUCGCCUCAUAUAACAUACGCCGACUGUUACUUACCACAUCACGGUGUUUUGAAAGAGAGCUCUACAACAACCAAACUGAGAGUAGUCUUUAAUGCAUCUCAAAAAACAUCGAGUGGUCACAGUUUAAACAGCCUUUUGGAAAAGGGCCCCAACCUUCAAAAAGAUAUUCAGUCGCUUAUUUUGAAGUGGAGAACAUACAAAUUUGCCUUUACUGCGGACAUUGAAAAAAUGUAUCGUUGUGUGUGGAUAAAUGAUGAUCAGCAACAUCUACAAAAAAUUAUCUGGCGAGAUUCACCAGAACAACCUUUACAAGAAUAUAAACUUUGUACGGUGACCUACGGUACCAAACCCGCUCCUUGGCUAGCCUUACGUACACUCAAACAACUCGCCAUUGAUGAUGGUCAUAAGUACCCUACUGCAGCUGCAGAGGUCCUGGAGAACCACUUCUUCGUAGAUGAUCUUGUUAGUGGUGAACGGUCAUUCGAAACCGCCAUGGAGUUACAGCGGUCCCUAAUCGAUUUACUAAAGGGUGCGGGGAUGAAUUUACGCAAAUGGUCCAGCAACUAUCCAACUUUAUUAGAAGACUUACCUAAAGAGCAAAUUUCAACAACAAACAGCUUCGAUUUCAAAAUUGAUGAAACAUCAAAAACGUUGGGACUUACUUGGAACACUAACAGCGACACAUUUCACCUAAAAUGGCCUGUGAAGCAAAGUACAAAACAACUAACAAAAAGACUAUUAUUGUCUGAAAUUUCUAAGUUUUAUGAUCCGUUGGGAUGGCUGUCUCCGGUGACCAUUACUGCAAAAUUACUAUUUCAAAAAGUCUGGACUCUAAACAUGGAUUGGGACGAUGAAAUCCCCCAAAAUAUUGAGAAAGAAUGGCAAAAACUAAAAAUAGAAUUGCCUUUCAUUCGUAACAUAACUUUGAAACGAUGGAUUGGCGAAACAAAACAAGAUAUAGAAUUACUGGGUUUCUGUGAUGCAAGCGAGAAAGCUUACGCUUGUGUUAUAUACAGUCGCGUGACAAGUUCCAACGAAGUUCCAGUAAUUACGCUACUUGUAUCCCGCACACGGGUGGCUCCUAUAGCACAAAAAACCACGCUGCCGAGGCUUGAACUGUGUGGCGCCUUACUGUUGGCUAAACUCAUGGAAAAAACUCAGAAGGCUUUAUCGGAAUACAAUCUGAAAAUUCAAGCAUGGUGUGACUCGCAAGUAGUUCUCGCGUGGCUCCAAGGGGACACUGCUAAAAGAGAUGCCUACAUAUCCAAUUGA